ACACUGCUCAGUCUGCAGCUCUUUCAGCUCUCGCAGCAUCAGCAGCAGCAACACUGAUUACCGCGGGAACUGUGGCAAGUUGCCCCUUUCCACUGGCAGUCCACCCUCCACCCACACGAACCCCGGAAGAUCAAAACUUUAGACGUCCACCGUGGCUGAACAUGAUGGGAUUGCUUGCUUUAAUCAGCUUGAAAGCAGAUGGAAUGACGGCGGCGUGCGGCGAUACAGAGUCGUAAAACCUCGCAGGCAAAAAAGCAAGCAAGAUGCAUUAGCACCAACGGGUCUCUUGUAAAGAACACAUCGAUUGAUCAUGUGACUUAUGCUGACUCUAGGGGCUCAUCUUAUACGCUGCUUCAUUUUAUCUUUGUUUCUAAAUUAAAAUGAAACUCAUUGAUCAAUUAAAGCAGGAUCUAACGUUAGCUUCUUCUUUAUUAAUCCCAAAACUCUAAUUCUUUAGCUUUCUGGCCUGCAAUUACUUCCUCCAAGCUAAUCUGACUGACUAACCAGACCAGAUGUCUUUUGCUCAGUUUCUGUUGUGCACCCUAAAUCCCUAUUUUCUAUUAAACAUUUUGACCUCAUUCGUUAGCCAUAAUCCUAACAGACAUUCUUGUACCCAUCGAAUCUUCAGCCAGUCAUAUCUGACCCCAAAGAUCACCAUGUACUUGAUGCAAACUGAAGAUACUGUAACAAGAAGCUGAAUGACAUGCUAGUUCAAUUUACAUGCUAAAAGACAAGCUAAAAGACAUGCUAGUUCACACGUUGAAAGCAAAUCAGCUAAUCCUUAAAACGUUCUAGCACAAAAUCUAGACUAAUCUCAUCUACCUUAGAUGCAAGAUGAAUUAUCUGAGGAAGGCAACGAUGAAGCCUGAAACUACCCACAUCAUCCUUAAGAAAUCCUGUGACACCUUUUAAAUAUUUAUAACAAAAUUUAAAAUGCUAGUUUAGUUUCAUUUCUAAUACGAAUGUAUCCACUACGACUAUUGGGCAAAAAUCAACAAAUAACCAAAAAAAAAAGAUUUUAAAAGUUUUAGCUACAACCAGAGCAAUGCUUAACCGAAACAUCACCAAGAAUUCCAGAGACUUGAUUCACCUCAACAUUGCUGACUGAUCUGUAAUGCUAAUUCGCUAAUCCCUCACCUGCCAGCAUGCCUCAUCUCAACAUUACUGCUGUUUUAUCAAACCUGACCCACAAACCAGAAUCGGGGAACCUGUAUCGGCCAUUCUCCGUAUUCAGUGUCCUCACGCUCACACUUCUAGCCAUGCUUGUAGUGGCUACGUUCAUUUGGAACCUUCUCGUUUUGGUGACCAUUUUAAGAGUCCGAACUUUCCACCGUGUCCCUCACAACCUGGUGGCCUCGAUGGCCAUCUCAGAUGUGAUGGUUGCCGGUCUUGUGAUGCCGCUGAGCCUCGUCCGGGAACUUUACGGCCGCCGGUGGAUCCUCGGAAAGGCGCUUUGCCAAGUCUGGAUUUCUUGUGACGUUUUGUGCUGCACGGCCAGCAUCUGGAACGUGACCGCCAUUGCGCUUGAUCGCUAUUGGUCCAUCACACGCCACCUUGAGUAUACACUCAAGACGCGGAAAAGGAUCUCCAACGUGAUGAUCGGACUCACAUGGCUGCUCUCGUCUGUCAUAUCCCUGUCGCCACUCUUCGGUUGGGGGGAAACGUAUUCCGAGGAGGAUCUGUCGUGUCAAGUGAGCCAGGAACCGUCGUAUACCGUCUUCUCUACCUUUGGUGCUUUUUAUUUGCCCCUCUGCGUUGUGCUGUUUGUGUACUGGAAGAUCUACAAGGCUGCGAAGUUUCGCAUCGGCUCCCGCAAGACCAACACCAUCAUGCCAAUGGCGGAGAUUAUUGAGGUGAAGGAGGCUGUGGAACAGCCUCAGAUGGCGUUCAGCGUUCGUCACGCAGCUGUGUCGUUCCAACCUGAUGGUGAGACAUGGCGCGAGCAGAAGGAACGUCGCGCUGCAUUAAUGGUAGGAAUCCUAAUCGGAGUCUUCGUGCUCUGUUGGAUCCCAUUCUUUUUGGCCGAACUCAUCAUCCCACUGUGCUCCUGCGACAUCCCGCCCGUCUGGAAGAGCGUCUUCCUCUGGCUCGGAUACUCCAACUCGUUCUUCAACCCACUCAUCUACACAGCCUUCAACAAGAACUACAACAGCGCCUUCAGGAACCUUUUUAGCAGGCAGCGCUGACAAAUAACCCACAAGCACUAGCCAGCAUCAUGCUAACUGGCAACAUUGCAUGGAUAAAGGAUAUCAUUUCGUUAAGUUCAUCUAUAUGAACCACAAAAGUAAUGAAAGCAAAUGACUAACGAUUAGCCUUGUGCUAACUGCCAAAAUCUUUUACUGCACUGCUUUGCUAAUGAAUACUGUUUGUAUGUUGUUAACAAGAACUAUAACAGCACUUUCAGGUACAGCAAGUAAUGCUGACAAAUCUAACCAUAAGUUAGCAUCAUACUAACUGGACAAAGUCAUCAUACUUGGCACUGGUUGCUAAAUAAUACAAUGUCUACAUCUUCAUUUACACGAGCCGAAGGAGCUCCUUCAGCUGGAAAUGAAUUACAGCUAAUUGGCCUCAUGCAAGCUGGAUGAGUAAUAAACUCAUUAUACAUUGCAUCGGAUGGAUGAAUAAUGCUAAUUAAUCUUCCCAAAACUGUUUAUCCAUACAGCAUCUUCAGGGCCCUCUUUCAAAGGUGGACACGUAACAGCAGCUAAGAACUAACAAUUAGCAUCCUGCUAAUUGCCACAGCAUAAUACAUUUUGAACAUUAACGAGAAGAACUGCAUCUUUAGGAAUCUCCAGCAACAAGUGGAUUAUGUGUUAAAAGCAAAUUAUACCAUUUGUGUAGCAUCAUGCUAACUGGUAGCUAAACAGUUUGUUACGACAGCAAUCCUACACAGAAAAAUCAGGAAACUUUUUUUGCGAAAUAAAACUAACUGAAUAACAAAUCAGCAGUGAACAUCAUGCUAAUUUACUUGUUUACAAAACAACAUGUGUAAAGUUAAUAAAGUGAUCCACACAGCAACAAGUCACAGAACUGAAUAAACAUCAGGUGUUAGCAUGAUGCUAACUGAAAACAUUGUCAUUUUCAAACAUUUCUCUUUCUUUCCUUCAGAGAUGGUUAUGUUCUUCCUCAUCUUAUGGCUCUCAGCUCAGUGAAGGUUUUUUUUGUUUGUUUUCUAUUGAUAGUUUGGAUUUAGUUUCAGGUUCUGCUGUGUGAAGAAGAGAGCCGUUAAACACAGCGAGUGACGUUCAAAGUGCUGAUGAGGAAGUGAGAUGCUGAGCUGAGCUGAGAGUAAAAAUAAAACUCAAUGUGCACUGUGUCAUCAUCAUCAGCUACUUACCGAG